AGAAUCUGUGCAUGAUACUUGAUAGUUCCACAAUAAUAUUAAUAAGGUGUCUAAUAUAAGAGGAAUGAAACAAACUUAGCAGAUAUUGUUGUUUGUUUACUCGAUAUCCUGUGAUGUAAUUUUUAAAACUGAUGAUCAGAAAUUUGAGGUGGGAGAAGAGUGUAUUUUGACUUCGGGAGAAAAUGGAACAUGCCAGAACUUCAACGCCUGCUUAUAUGCUCAAAGUCUCUUACGAUCCCAUGAGAAACCAAAAAUUUGCGGAUUUAAUGGCACUGUUCCUAUAGUUUGUUGUCGAGAUGUCAAAUCACCGCAGCCAAUUAGGAAAAUUGGAGAAUUGAGUCUCAAAAAAUGCGAUGAAUUUCACCCACAAGUUUAUGGUAUAUUAAUCCCAGGAGGCAAGCAAUCUUCAUUGAAGGAGUUUAGGCAUAUGGCGAUAAUUGGAUUUGGAAGUGAGGAUGAUAUCCAAUGGCAAUGUGGUGCAUCUUUGAUAAGUUUCGAAUUUGUACUCACGGCAGCACACUGUUUGUACUCCUUGGUGAAUGGUCCGGCUAGGUAUGUUAGAGUCGGUGACCUAGACAUCUCCACAGAGACCGAUCGAGCAGAGUUUCAACAAUUCAGUGUCAAACGCGGGAUACCACAUCCAGACUACCUAGCACCUUCCAGGUAUCAUGACAUAGCUCUGAUUGAACUGGAUCGACAAGCAAUCAAGACAGAAUUCGUUGCUCCAGCGUGUCUGGAUACUGUGAGGUUCCAUGAGGAGGAACAAAUGAUUGCUACAGGCUGGGGAAAGACAUCUUUUGCAGGAGAUAUUAGUAGUCAUCUGCUGAAAAUCAAUUUGGAUCUGGUACCAAAUGACGAAUGUCGAAAGUUCUUCAGAAAUACCCCCAAGGAGUUCCUAGACCAUGGAAUUGAUGAUGAGAUGCAAAUAUGUGCUGGAGGAGGACCACUACAAGACACUUGUCAGGGUGACUCAGGAGGUCCACUUCAGGUACUCGGAGACAAUCAAGUUUAUACUAUAACAGGAGUGACCUCUUUCGGCAAAGCAUGCGGAAUAUCCAAAAGUCCAGGCAUAUAUACGAGGAUAUUCAACUAUUUGACUUGGAUAGAAGAUACAGUAUGGCCAAUUGACCAACGAGAUAAACCAAUAGAUCUCUAACAUGUGACAGUUAUAGACGAUUCGAUGAGGUCUAAUAUUAUAUAUUGUCCACCAGAUCGCGCUACUGAAACGUGAGGUCAGAGUUGGUAGAACUAAUGAAUAUAUACUUCUUCUCCGCAAUCUAAGAAUAGGUCGUAAAGUUCCACAUUGAGAGUGAAAAAGCGUAACUCUGCUCAAGUCUUUCCAUGACUUGAGGUUUUGAGACUUUUGACUUUGACAUUGACCUCACGUUUAAGUGUCACCAACUGGUGACACUCAGAACGUUAGCCCUCAUUGUGAUAGAUUUACGAGAGUACUAUACCUAGAGAAAUUCAGAACGCAAAUGUUAUAAUGAAACUUUAUUUCUGAUAAUGAUGU